ACCCCCACUUUUACCCUACCUACACUUAGCUAAGUGCACAACAUCAGCAUGUCCAGCUCCAAUCAUGAUCCGGUCGCGCAACGCGCGCCCAUAAGCACGUACUAUUAUAUAUAGCCCCUAUAAUUAUUGCACACGUCUUGCCGACUACAGCCACGCCCACUAGCGAGCGCGCUGUCGCAUAAAACGUGCGAGAUAGCCACUAAAUUCCGUAUUUUGCUUGUUUGUCCAUGAUCUUCCUCAAGAUCGUUGCAGUUCUGGGUGUCCUGAGCCUGGGCAGGACCCAGCAACCGCAGUUCCCUUGCUCUAACUUCGUCUCGACUAAAGACUCGAUCUGCGCCGAGAUUUUCAGGCGAUUGGAGAAACAGAUUGUCGACUCGGACGCAAACCUCUAUUCUCUCCGCAAAGUGUUUUAUCCGACGUCACAGACGCAGCCCGCUCUGGUGAACGUCAGCUACGACCUCAAAGUUUCAUCGGUGCGCAACCGUUCGUGUCCUGGGGACCCCGAAUCGUCGACCAACCCUCGCUACGACCACUUGCCCGAAGCAGUUCGCCGCUUCCUGAAGGUCCACGCAUGGAGCUCCAAAAUCUUCUACACCCUGUUCCAUCCGGCGACCGUCAACAGACUCCAGCCGCAGUUGCUUCAAGCGAUACUGGCCGGAUUCGACGGUAUCUACACCACUAACUCGGUCCCGACUGCUCUAACCUGGCCUACAGUGGGACCCAUACUUACUGUGGAGGUGGCAAUAGACCUGCAGCUACCGUGCUGGCCUACGGUAUACGCACUGGAGGGAAGUCUGUACGAUCUUACGUCCGUUCUCAAGGUGUAUGCAGACUCACAAGAGAAUGUAUCGUCUUGGGGAGCAGAGGAGAGGGGAUACGCUUUACUAGGGAACGUCUUCAUAGACCAGUGGUGGAAAUACAUUGCUAUUGCAUAUCCAUCGAGCAAUAGUCUACCACACCUAAACUUGAUCCUGUCAGUUGUCCUUACUCUCAUGAUCAGCUUUAAAGUCUACUAUGCCCUGCGGAACGUUGCUCCGGCAAACAGCGAGGAAAAGAACUUUUUGUUCAGUUACAGCGUCAUCUGGAGUGGUGUUGCCAUUCUUACUCAAGUCAACUUUUUCCUUUUACUCUUUGAAAUGGUGAACCUGUGCAUCUGGUGUUUGUACAAGAAUAGCUGUACCGAGUCAGCUGCUGUACACAAAAUGGCGUGGAUCGUGUGGAUGUGGGUUUAUAUGAUUGUUGCCUUUGUUGUUAUCCUAGUGCGGUUUCUCCAGGGAAAGACUCGACACCGCGAGAUAUUCAUUCCCGAAUGGCGUGCUUUUGUAGUCUCGAUACCGUUUUUCAGCACCUUCAUUCUUCUUCUUGCCUUUUUCUACAAGUUUUUCUUGAGUCCUCUGCUGAAGGUCCGCAAGAUUCGAAAUGUAUGGAUCCAUCUCCUUGAGACUCUUCGCUGGCUGAUUCCCUGCCCAGGAGUCUUGAAGAGGGCUAUCAGGAAUUGCAAUCGUUUUUUGGCCAUCUACAUCCUUUACAUGACAGUAUUUUUGUCAGCAUCCAUCCUGUCGUUUAGUGCAGUUCCCGUUCUUCUUCAAACCUUUAUCUACCCGUUUAGGAUGGUUGGUGCGUACAGUUUCACUUUUGUAGCCUUUGCUCUCUACUGUCUGGCUACGUUCAUGGCCGUUUUCCUGUGGAAAGAGAAGCCACCCACAACAGGAAGACUCAUCCUCUAUCUCUCUUCAACUACCAUAACACUGGUGUUUAUUCUGAUUAUCUCUGUCCCUUUCGUUUCGCUAUAUCAGCUCCUGGUCUCUGGCAGCUUUAGCGACAACCCCCUUAUUCUGUUUGGAGUGUCAGUUCUGCCAUCUCUCCUCCUCUCCUCUCCACUCGUGUGGCUAUUCAAGUCUAAACUCUUGCCACGAUUUCUGGAGGGAGACGAUGAUGAAGAUGAAGAAGAUGAAGAUGAGGAGGAGAAGAAAAUAAAGAAGAGGGAGAAGAGGGAGAAAGCCAAGAAAGCUGCUGCAGAAUCUGCUAAUGACGCUAUGCUUGAGAUGGAGACUGUCAUCUAAAUGCC